AUGACGUCUUUGAAAUCGUCCAUGUCGCCCUUCUUAGGGGAAAAGCAAGACGAUGACCGAGCAGCUGUUCAAUUACCUCGAAAUGAACCAAGCUGGGGUUGGCGCCGUCUGAGUGCGGUAGUCUUAACCGUCAUAUCCGGUAUUUUAAUCGUUGGCCAUUUCGGACAUGGCCCGAUUCACUACGGCUACCGCCUUCCGGACCCGGGAAGUCAAGCGCCGCUAGAGCCUCCCGAUGGAUGGACAGAAUGGUCCAGUAUCGUACCGAGCGAGAAGCUCAUCUGGCAGCCGUGCUUUGCGAUAUACGGUGACGGGUUCAAGUGCGCUCGGCUGACCGUACCUAUGGAUUAUCACCGACCGCUAAACCAGUCGGCGGACAAUCCGAAAGUGCACAUAGCUCUGGUCUUAAAGCCCGGUAUUAACCGUACUAAUGACCCAUCAUCCUACUCGGAAUCACCACUACUCGUUAAUCCCGGUGGUCCCGGAGGUAGCGGAGCUCUUUUCGCCUUGUCUUCGGCGCAAGCGCUCCAAGCAGUCAUCGGGGGAGAUCGUGACGUUAUCGGCUUCGAUCCACGUGGAGUCGGUGCUACUACGCCUAAGGCGGAUUGUUUCGCAGUUUCUAAUGAUUCUUUUGGGCUUGACGGACGCAAUGUUGCUUUGAUGAACCGGCUGGCCUGGAUUGCAUCAGGUCAUAUCAUCGGUCUCGUCAACUCAAGCAAUGUCGCACUCGACAAGCUUGACGUUAGGUCAAGAGCACUUGCUAAGCUUUGUAAGAGAAGGGAUGAGGCUGAGGGGGAUAAUAGCAUCUUCCGGUAUUCCAAUACUCCGAAUGUAGCGCGAGAUAUGCUCUCCAUCGUUCAUGCUUGGGAUGAAUGGAGAUCAGGUUCCGACGCCAAGUCCACGGAAGAAUCAGAGAUUGUAGAUGAAACGCAGAUCAACUCUAAAAUAGAGUCCAAUGAUAGUACCAAGGGGAAGCUUGUUUACUGGGGUUUCUCUUACGGUACACUCCUCGGGGCCACAUUUGCCUCCAUGUUUCCAGACAAAGUUGGUCGAGUUAUUCUAGAUGGCGUUGUGGAUGCCGACCAAUAUGUCAGCCCGAUGUUAGGAGACGGUAUCCUUGAUGCUGAUGCGAUAUGGGAACAGUUCUUUACUUAUUGUGCUGAGGCAGGACCAAAGUGUGAGUUUUAUCGGUUCGGAGACAACCCCGGAGAUGUCAAGGCACGCUUUGAUUAUAUCAUGAACUGGCUGGAGAAAGAGCCUGCGAUUGUCUUGCCUUCGGAUUCAAAUUUGCCCGUCUUGAUAACGGCUGGCGAUUUCAAACUCAUCAUAUUUUCAGCAUUAUACUACCCAGUUGUUAUAUUCCCUUCCGUGGCUAUACUUCUUAAAGCCUUCAUGGACAACCAACUUGACAAGAUGGUAGCCAAUCCGGCGCCGGGGAUGUUGUGUCAAAACUUAACACUACCUCAAUGGCCAGAUGAUGCUCAGAAGGUAAUCGCGUGUAGUGACAAGCGAUAUAAGCUCGAUGAAGAUUCCGACGCGCUUCAGAGGCGUUUUGAGAAGAUGGCUUCAUAUUCCUCAUUCGCCGAUGUUUGGAUGGGUGUCGACCUCAAUUUAGGUUGCAGCAGGUGGGAAAUUGAGGCAAAAGAUCCGCCGAUGCGAUGGGACGACCAUCCGAUUCAUAAACCAAAACCCAUUGAAACCAGCUUUCCCGUCUUGUUCCUAUCGAAUCAUCUCGACCCUGUUACGCCUCUGCACCAUGCUCUAAAAAUGGCGCGCAAGUUUUCAGAAGCGAGCCUCGUAGAGCAAAAAGGAGAAGGCCACUGUACCAUCUCGUGCAUGUCACUCUGCACUAUAGGACAUAUCCAAGCAUAUCUUAACCGCGGAAUUGUGCCGCCCGUACCAAAAUACGACUCGGAUGAUAAAGGCGAAUGGACAACUUGUGAAUGCCAUGAAAAGCCUUGGAAGUCGCUUAAUGAUAUAGCUGUAAUGCGAAACUCGAAUGGUGACUCCCAGUUGGAAACCGACGGCGAAAGUGAACUACUAGUUGGAAAGACAGCUGAGGAGUUGAAGAUCAUGGAGGCUUAUCACCACCUACGAAACCGAUUUGUCGAAUUUACGAUAUCUCAGCAACAAUUCGGAGACCGAAAUCCGCUCCGGACUGCGCAUCUAAAUAACUUGGCUUUCAUGAACAAGGAGCAGCAAGCUAGCUGUAGGUUCCUCGUCACCUUCUUCAACCGUGACAAGGCCGCUACAGCCGAGCCGGGAGAAGAGUCACAUACAUUUACGGCGAGGUGUCACUGCGGGAACAUACAAUACUCGGUCUUACUCCCAGCUUCGAGUCUACCAUUGCACGCAUAUAUCUGUUCAUGCACAUUAUGCCGAUACUCACACGGCACUCUCGGUAGCUUCCACGUCUCGCUAACGCAGGGCGUGGCGCCGGAGUGGACCAACGGCGCCGUCAACCUGUCCGUAUACAAGGCCCAGGGCAGCGGUCCCGGCGGCCACGGACAGCGUUGGUUCUGCCCCACUUGCGGAACUCAUAAUGGGCAUUACGAGCCCUGGGCUAUGCAGUGGAUCGCAGACAUUGCGCUUUUUGACGAGCCGAGCUUCUGGGAGAUGAAGGCUUUAGCGUUUCCAAAGUCCCCCGGGGACGGCGGCUUGAUAUCCUGGAUUUCGAGCCCGGUCAGUAAGGACUUAAAGAUAUUCACCGUGGACCGUGAUAUCGCGCCCGAUAAUGAGCUCGAAAUUGGCGAGGAUGGCGAGAAGAGACUGCGCGUGGAGUGCCAGUGCGGCGGGGUUUCCUUCACGAUCGGAAGGCCGUCAGACGUAGUAAGGAACGACAAGUUUAUGAGCCGAUGUAUCGCACCAAGAAACCCGCAGAAAUGGAAAGCAUAUCUAGAUUUUGAUAAAGAAACUCGGCGGCUCUCUAGCGCUUAUUUCAUGCCUUGGGCUUUGGUCCCGCGGAUCUCGCUAGAGCCGGAGGUGCCGCCGAAUCUGCUCAUCGGGACAAUGAAGACAUAUAAGGUAUCGGAGAAAACCACAAAGGGAUUCUGUGGUCGCUGUGGCGCCAUGGUAUUCCUCCAAAAUAAAGACAGGAACCCCUCGGAACAGAGCGAGGUGCUUAGUAUUGCAGUAGGUCUCUUUAGAGCUCCCGAGGGAGCAAAGGCGACAGACUGGGUUGAAUGGAGAGCUGUGCCUGAACGAGAAAUUGAAAAGGCGGAAUUCGAUUCUGAGUUUAUGAAUGCUAUUGUAGAAGGCCAGAGAGCAUGGACAGUACAAGAAUAUGGAGAAGUAUCGGACUUUGAUAUUAUAUAG